AAGACUAAUAGAUUUGAGAAGCCAUCUCAUUCUCCAUCUCUGUUCCUUGGUUUUUAAUUAUUAUAAUUGUGUGCUGAGAAACAAAAUUAUGGGUAGAAAGAGGAAAAACAAAAUAUGUGACAAAGUGUCACAUGAGAAAGAAGAUAGGAUAAGCCAGUUACCGGAACCCUUGAUAUUAGAAAUACUUUAUCAUCUUUCUACCAAGGAUGUUGUAAGAACAAGUGCUUUGUCUACCAAAUGGAGAAAUCAUUGGCGAUCGGUUCCAGGAUUGGACUUAGACCUCGACGCAGUCUCAGACUCGUAUAUGGAUGACUUUGCGAGUUUUGGUGACAGGUUUUUUUAUCCCCACAAAGUAUCAUGGAUACACAAAUUCCGGUUAAAAAAUAUCCAUGUGCCUUAUGGUGAGUUUAAUCUCCCGAUAUGGAUUGAUGCUGUGACUAGUCGUAGGAUUCAGUAUCUUGAUGUUGAUUACUAUGGGCAUGAUAACGUUCCCCUGAGCAUAUAUACCUGCAAGACACUGGUACACUUGCGACUCUGUUGCGCUUCCUUGCCUAAUGCCGUUGUUUCCCUACCUUGUCUGAAGAUCUUGCAUUUGGAAUAUGUUCGUUGGCGCAAUGAGACCACAUUGCAUAAACUUAUAUCAGGCACUCCAGUCCUGGAGGAUUUGAUACUCAUCCGAUCUCCGAAUAAUUUCAAUGCACAUGUUUUACAAUUGUCCUCUCAUACGCUAAAGAGAAUUGACAUCGAUAUGGAUGAGUCGCCUACUCAAGUUGUGAUUGAUGCACCUCAACUCCAGUGUCUUAGGACUAAGGUUUACGCAGCAAAGAGCUUUAAGAUCAUCAAUUCGAAGUUUCCUUCCAAGCUAGAUAUUGAUUUGCGAUCAGCGCUCUUCUACCCCACUGAAAACGUGAUUCACAAUAUCCUAGACGAUAUUUCGAGGGUCAGGGAUCUAGUUAUUAGUAGUAAUACUUGGAAGGAAUUCUUUUUUUGUUCACGUCAGUUUCUUAACCUAUCCCGCUUGAAUGUCAGAUUUGAUAUAUCUGAUCUUGAAAUGUUAUCAACCAUUCUUGAGAGCUGCACAAAACUAGAAUCUCUCACAUUGGAAAUAAUUAAGGACCAAUCCAUGCGAAGUCACAAGGAGAAGAGAGAACCAAAUGUGAUGUUUUCAGCAGUGCCUGAGUGUUUGGAAUCAUCGCUCAAGUUUGUAGAAUUGAAACGUUCAAUCCCAAGCUAUGAAGGAGAAAUGGAGCUAAUAAGAUACUUCCUGAAGAAUUCAAAAAUUCUGGAGAAACUAAGGCUCAAUGUUUACUACACCUAUAAGGCAAAGUGUGCCUUCCUUACAGAAGUCGUUGCAAUACCAAGAUGCUCUAGCACAUGUAAAGUCCUGGUUCUUUAAUUACUAAAAGAUAGUUCAUCUUUA